UGUUCCCUUGAGGUGAAUUGACUUGGACUUAUCGAGAUUUUACUGUAUUUCCUAGCAUUAAAAAUGACUCAAUUGGAAAUAAUUCUUAGUCCCAGAUUUAUGUCUUAUUAUCAUUUUCGCAAUGACUGACCGUUAUUGAGAUGAUAUGUGAAGAAAAAAGCAGAGUCAGGUUGAAACUUUGUUUCCAGGAAAUGCACACUGAUGCAGGAGGGAAAAAAAAAAAGCAAAAAAAAAGAAGACGACGAGUUGUGAAAAUCCUGCACUUGUCAAACAAUGAUGAAGGCUAUACAUAUGCAACUGCUUAAGGUCGCUAGUUGCUGCCUCGUGAUUGGCUGCCUGGCCAUCGCAGUAUUGGUCCACGGGUCGGAGAAGGCAAAAGCCGACCGACCCGUCGUGAGCGUCGUGAUUGUCGGCGGAACCGGUGACCUGUCCACGAGGUACCUGUGGCAGGGGUUCUACAGUCUCUACCAAGGGCAAAAAGACAAAUUCUCAUUCGACUUUUACGGAGCAGCCAGAAUGCCAGCGUCGGAAGGGGACGGCCAGCUAGCAAGCAUCCUGAAACACAAUGUAUCCUGCUCCAAAUCCGUCCAGCCGGGACUGGGAUGCCAGACAUUGCUGGAUGCAUACAGAGCUAUGGUAUCAUACAGGAAGUUGAAAACAGCCGAUGAUUAUGCCGACCUAUGCAAGGAGAUGGAACAGGAAGAAGCAAAGGAGCAUGGGAGAUUGUUCUACCUGUCCGUACCGCCGUUUGCGUAUGCGGGCAUCGCCAAAAAUAUCGCCAAAGGUUGUCGUCCAGAAAGCAGGGCCUGGCUUCGCGUCGUGCUUGAGAAACCUUUCGGUCACGACCACGGCUCAGCUGAGGAACUCGCUACUCAGCUGUCAGCACAUCUGAGGGAGGAAGAGAUAUAUCGCAUUGACCACUACCUCGGAAAAAUUGGGGUUCAGAGCAUCCUCCCAUUCCGAAUGCUAAACGAUGGAAACUAUAAAGACCUUUGGAACCGAGAGCAUAUUGAGAGAGUGGAGAUUGUCAUGAAGGAAAAAAUCGACUCUAAAGGUCGUCUGGAAUUCUACAAUGAAUACGGAGUCAUCCGCGACGUCAUGCAGAACCACCUGACCGAAAUAUUCACCCUGGUUGCCAUGGAGAUGCCGGCCAACAUCAGCAGCCGCAGGGAGUUCCUCAACAACAAGAUCCGCCUUCUGCAGCAGACCCAGCCCGUCAAGCCCCACCAGGCCGUGAUUGGUCAGUACGACGGCUACGUCGACCAAUGGCGCGAGGAGCUCGGCAAGGGUCCGUCUGACGAGACGCUGGUGCCGACUUUCACGGCCGCGGCACUGUACGUCGAGAAUCCGCGAUGGAAGGGCGUGCCCUUUGUUUUAGUCGCGGGGAAGAAACUUGAUGAGCGACUCGGUUACGUAAGGGUCGUCUUUAAAGAUAACGCAGUUUGCGUGACCAAAGCUGGCCGUAAUGGCUCAGUCAAUCGUUGCUCCAAACAUCAGCAGAUGAUUUUCUAUACCGGCAACCCAGGGCUGAAAUAUCCCGCGAUCCUCGUUUCAGACCAUCUCCCAAAACCAAUGCUCCCAACAUCCUGGUCGGUGCCCAACAAUGAUCCCAAUACGGACAUUUUCGGUUCCAAUUUGUCAGAUUUUUAUUACUUCUCACCGCCCAAGGAUCAGGACGCGUACACGUCCCUGAUCGCGUCCUGUUUCCACGGCGACCAGAAGAUGUUUGUCGGCACGGACGACCUGAUGGCGUCUUGGAGGAUUUGGACGCCGCUGCUGCAGAGCUUGGAGAACAAGCGUCCGAGGAUUUACACUGGCGGAGAAGACACGGGGACUUGGCUGGACUUCAGAGUCAAAGAUCGAACUGUCAAGUAUAUUCACGAGCAGGAAGACCCGUGGGAAUCGGCGGAUGCUGCUCCAGUGUUCCAGUCCAUUACCGACCGCUUCCGUUCCCGACCCCUUGUUACGGGUAAAGAGGAGAGUGUUGUUGCCCAACUCGCGCAGCAUUUGUUGAGCAUUGCCGCCGAGUCCAUUCAGAAGCGGGGGAGUUUCCACAUUGCAUUCCCUGGAGGGUCGACCCCGAGAUCUCUCUUUGCCCACCUGGCCAAAUUGUCCAAUUUGUUUCCAUGGGAAGACACUUUCGUUUGGAUGGUGGACGAGCGGUGCGUUCCGCUCACUGAUGACCACUCCAACUUCAAACAGCUUCACGACAGCCUUCUCCAGUUCGUCAACGUCCCGUACCUGAACAUCAACCCGAUGCCUGUCAAGUUGGCAAACGGUUUCUGCGACGCGUCAGACAAAGGCGCUGAGACCUACGAAGACGACCUGCGACAAAUUCCGGACGGUCGGUUGGAUUACGUCCUUCUGGGCAUGGGGGCUGACGGCCAUGUUGCUUCCUUAUUCCCCAACCACCCCACCGUGGGAGAAAAGUCCGCCAAAGUUACGCUUUCCGACGGAGGGCCCAAGAACAACGUACCCGACAGAAUGACUCUCACGUUACCCACCAUCAACAACGCUAGACAUGCUGGGGUGCUCAUCCUAGGGAAGGGGAAGCGAGACAUGGUGUCGACACUGAAGACAGAAGGGGUGGGGGACCCCCUCAGGUACCCUGUGACGGGGGUGGAUCUGAAAAAAGGGGAACAGGUUUGGUACAUAGACCACGAGGCCUUGGUUUAGAGUCUUAGAGGGAGGGGGCAGGGCAUGAGGGUUGGGGGGGGGGGUUGGUGCUAGACUAGUGGCAUGUACAGUGCACAAGCCUAUUCAUGUCGGAUUUGUUUCCGAUAGUCCAAGAAAGCAGGAUCAAUUGAAGUACAUGCACAGUACUUGCGUUGCCCUGCCACUUCUAGUACCAGCCUUUUUGGGGCAAAUUUUCUUGAACUACUCCGCGCAAAAAUUUUCAGUAUCAGGGGCUUUUAUAUUUUGUAAAUUUUUGUGAAAAAAAUGCAAUGUGUACAAAUGAUAGUGAUAAAUUAUGUGAAAAUAAUAAUUUAAAGUAUAUAAUUUAAUUGUGAGUAGACCCUUUUCAAAAGGGUAAAAUUGCUAAUAAGGGUGCAACCCUGCAAAAAAAUCCCAUAGACACUAGUGCUAAAUGCGCAUACUUCAAAAUUCUUUUAAAAAUACUCAGAACUCUCACAGGUAUUCAAGCUGCACAGAAAAAUGAUGAUCAACAUGUCAUCUUUCAUUUUCUUUUCAUUUUUUGGUGGGUUGACCACUGACUUUUCGAGAUAUUGUCACCCAAAGACGACGACCCCCUAUUUUCCCCAAAGCAGAAAAGUAGCCAUCUUGAAAAACGAUCCCUCCACAACAUGGCAAAAUAGCACCACUUUCGAGCCCAAUUGCAUCCAAAUUGCUCAGAAUUGGUUUAUUACCAUAUCUCUUCGAUUCCCCAAUUUUAUGGCUCUCAAAACUCCUUAAUAUAGAAUAUUUUGAGGGUAGAACUUUUAUUCAUGAGCUCGGCGGACAGAUUUUUGGCGUAUUUACAGGCGUGCACCCAUAUGGGCAAUUCUCAAUACAGUGCGCCACCAAGCGGUUGCCAGGGAGAGUCCAUUUUUCGCAGUGCAUUGUGGGAGACGUUCGACACAUUCGCCAUGGCCGCAGAAUGCUAUGCCCCAAUCUAUCAAAAAACUCAAGUUGUUGGCCGACGUUCGUUCAAAAUCGCGGCAAGUCAGCCACGUCUUUGUCGACCGUAAAGUUGAAAAAAAUUGACUGCCUGUGGCAAUCUCUCGGGUACAUAAAACUCAAUGGUCACUCGGGACGGGUAAGUUGAAUCGGACAGAAGUUGGCUGUUGUGGGAUUUGAACCGUCAACCUCAUGAACAUGAUAGCUGCUCUUUACUUUCCUAAUUGGCACAGAAUGAAAAAAAUAUACUGCCAGUUUUAAGACAACACAAGUUGAACUUGUUUUAUUUUGCAUAAUCUUUUUUUUUUACACAAAUGAAACAAGGCUUUGGAAAAAAAAAAAAAAAAACUUUCACCAACAAAUUUAAAACAAUGAAAUUAAACCCAAAAGUAUACUUUCUGGAGCAGCAAAUUACUUUUAUAUUGAACACUACAGGCCAGGGAUGUUUUGUUCAAGUUAUAUGCGUCAUUUCCAUAAA